AGCCGGAAGUCCUACCCCGGAAGCGGCGCCGUAGCCGCACGGGCCAUGGGGGCACCUGGGGGCUUGUGUUCCGUGCGGCUGCUAGUCGCACUGCGGUCUCUGCCGGCGCGCCAGCUCCUGCACGACGUGGCCCCGCCGCGGGACGUGCUGCUCUUUGAGCACGAGCGGGGCAGCUUCUUCGCCGUCCUCGGCCUGUUCUGCGCGGGCCAGGGCGUCUUCUGGGCCUCUCUGGCCGUGGCAGCCUUGGCCCGACCGCCGGCCCGGGCGCUGCCUCCAGACGCCGAGAUCCCAGACCGCGGCCGCUUGGACCUACGCUCCACACUCUGGCGCUACGGUCUGGCUGUCGGUUGCGGCGCCAUUGGUACCCUGGUACUUGGUGCUGGUCUUCUCUUCUCCCUCCGUUCUGUGCGUUCAGUGAUGCUCCGGGCUGGAGGGAAGCAGGUGACCCUCACCACUCAUGCCCCCUUUGGCUUGGGUGCUCAUUUCACCGUCCCUUUAAAUCAGGUAUCCUGCAUGGCCCACCGCGGUGAAGUCCCCGCUAUGUUGCCUCUAAAGAUCAAAGGCCGGCGCUUCUACUUCCUCUUGGACAAAGCUGGACAUUUCCCCAACACAAAACUCUUUGACAAUACUGUAGGUGCCUACCGCAGCUUGUGAAGAAACCACCUCUGGUCACUCAUCCCUCCCAGAGGGGAAUAAAAACUGAACCUUAGGGAUGGGGUGACAACCAAGGUCACAAGGGGGCCCAAGGUUCAUUAGCAAAUAAAAGGGUGGCCAUCCCAAGGGCAGCUGAUGGUA